AUGUUACCUGGGGUCAAUCCCUUCUGUGCUCACCCCACCCCAUCCUGUGUCUCUCUCCCCCCUGCCCUGUCUUGCAGGCCUGACAAGGGGCUCAGGCUGGCCCCCGUGUCCCCCGCCCACGCCACGCUGCUCAACGACACCUGGAACUUUGGGGGGAACAACUGGAGCCUGCGGUACCUGUGCCUCCUGAUCCGCCACUUCCCCAACGCCUGCCUGCUGGGCCCUGAGGGGACCCCCAUCUCCUGGUGCCUCACCGACCAACUGGCUGCCCUGACGCACGGUUACACCCUCCCGGAGCAUCGCGGCCAGCACCACAUGAGGUCCGUGGUGGGGAUGCUGGCGGCACAGUUGCAUGCCCGCGGCUUCCCUGUUUACACCCGGGUGCUGACCGACAACGAGCCUUCGCUGCACUCCCUGCAACGCCUCGGCUUCCGCAUCCUGCCUGGGGUGUUCUACCGGCUGAUAGUGAGGCCCGGGUUCACCCAGUCCCAGCCAGCCAGUGCCCUGGAUUCGGCCCAGGACCCUGCGCCCAGCUCUCGGGAAGAGCCACGUGCCCAAUAGCACAUAGCAUGGGGGGAAGGGAGAUGAGGACACAGCCUACGGCCCUGCGCCCAGCUCUGGGGGACAGCCAUGCUCUGCCAGCAUGGAGCCCUGGGGGAGGGGAGGAGAUGGGGUUUCAGACCAGGGCCAAGCGGCCAACUCUGGGAAACGGCCACGCUCUGACAGCCACCAGGGGAGCUCAGCUGUCAGCCCUUGGGAAGCCGGGGUCUGGUGGAGGAUACUAGCUCAUGCUCCAUUAUCCCCUGGAGCAGGGCAGAGGCUCAGUAGGGGGCACUAUCCCCUGGCAGUCAGGGCUCAGCAGGAGGUGCUCUCCAUUCACAGUGCUGCCCAGAUGCUCCAUGCUGUGGGCUCAGCAGGGGGCGCUCUCCCGCUCCCUUCCCCAGGCAGUUUGUUGCUCGGCUGGGGCUGUGGUGGGGGGUCCCCUUUCCAGGAGCUGUGCCUGGUCUUGCCAGAGUUUUGGUGCAAGCUCCUUUGGGCCCCAACCACAUAUCGCAGCUGUGGCCCACCCCUUACCGCCCCUGUGGUGAUAGGGGGCAGGUGCUGGCCUUGCACGGUUGCUCCAGGGCCAGCAGGCAGCUGGAAAGCCAGGCCAGGACUUGUGUUUAUGAUGGUGCACUACACAAGGGAGGGGAGCAGCCAUAGGACCCCACCGUAGAGCCCUGCUGGGCCCGAACACAGGGAGGAGCCUCCACUCUUCUCCCUUCCCCCCAGAAUGGACGUCCUCGGCCCUGGGCAGGGGACUUGGGACUGACCUGCCCCCUGCCAGCCCCAGAGCACAGGCUGCUCCUCCCCAUGUAGCUGGGCCCAGCUGUAGCCCCAGUGAGCCGCUGGGUUUGGGGGAGGGGACCCCCCCCCCCGCAGACAUGGCAGGUUCUCCUCCCCCUUGCUGGUAGGUCAGUAGCCGUGUGGAGAGGGGGUGGGGCACUGCGGCUCCUUGAAGCUCUGUUUGGAUUCAAAGCUAAGGGACACAAUCAACUUUCCCCAGAGUUCUGAUUACUUUUAACUUUUAACUCCUGCUUCCAAAACACACAGUGAUUUGAAAAGGAAAACCCAACCUAUGGUGGCUCCCUUUGGCAAAGGGACAGUUCGAUUAUCCAGAGCCACCUGAAGGCUCAGUGUGGGGCACGGUCUUUCUCUCUUUCACUACAGCUCUUAUCUGCUAUCUUGUUACCAAAAAAACCCAGAUUUAAAAUCUUUUCCCAUUCUCCUGGCUUUGACUGCCCCACUGCAGCCACGACUUUGGUCUUUAUUUAAACAGUUUAAAUUUUGUAAAGCAUUGAGUUUCCUCAGGGUUAAAUACCAAAGUUAAACAACGCUA